GGCUGCUGUGUUGAGUUUGUAUUUUGCACUACUUUUGGGGACUCUGAUUUCCAAGAGAAGUGACAUAAGAGUGGGGGAAGAACCAAAGUUUGUGUUUUGUUCUCUCUCAAGAAUCAAAGAACAUUUUGUGCUUUUGUGAGUCAAGAAAUGUAUGCAGAAACUGGGCUAUUUUUCCCUUACAUGCAAAAAGUUUCUCAAGAAUUUCACCAGUUUGAAGAGUUCUGCGAAACCCAGAAAUCCAAUGCUUCAAUGAACAACAUGGUUCAGACCUCAGCAAUAUCUGAAUAUUACCUGGGAGGCGAAGGUGAUCUAUUCAAAGCCCCGGAGCCUAUCAUUGAAGAACCAAUUGUGGACCUUAAUCCCAUGACUGCAGCCAUCUCAUUAAGCUUUUGUGGUGAAGAUGUUAUUACUUCACAAGGAUUUAAAGCUGCUGAUAUUGAAUCAAUUCAAAACGAGCAGUUUUUAGAGGUUCUUUAUGAGUGCGAGAAGGAUCUGAUGGCACGAGCAGUCAUAGAAACACCACUAUCCGAGGUCCUGGAUGUAAAGAUUCCUUUGAAGACGGAUGAAAACCAAAAUCAUGAAAAUGAAGUGCUCUGUGAUGUACAGUUCCAGAAAAGUGUCAGCUCGGAUUGUUUAAGCUCAAUGGAAGGGAUGCAAGGGGCUGCAAUGAAGCCUAAUUUUCUGGAUUUCCCUGGAAUAGAUUUUGGUUCUGCUUAUGGAAUGAGGAGAGCAUUUAGUGAAGGAGACAUGAAGACUCUUGGCAAUGGUAAUGCGAGUGUCAUCCAUUCUCCUCUUGAGCGACCGAUAAUCGUCAGCAGCUGUUCUACCAAGGAUCGAAGGGAAAAACUCUCUAGAUACAGGAAUAAGAAGACGAAGAGGAACUUUGGAAGGAAAAUCAAGUAUGCAUGCAGGAAGGCUCUUGCUGACUGUCAACCGAGGAUCCGUGGAAGGUUUGCGAAGACUGAAGAAUCCAACAACUCAAAGAGGCAAUAGCUGUUGAUUAAUCAAGCCAGUACCAAGUAAAACAGGAAUGAAGUAGCUAGAUUGAAUGAUGCAAUGCUAAGAAAAGAAAGUUUUCGAGUAGUGGUGUCAACUUCGACAUAUAUAAGCCUUUGUGGAGAUCAUCUUAUGACAUUAAAAUGCUAAAUAAACCAUAAUCCAGCUCCUCAGAAAUAGUUCCAUGUUAUUUGCUGUAAUCAUCCCCACUAUAAUGGAAGUGGCCAGUUAGGAUUGUACAUAGUGUUUGUUCAAUAAAAUGGCACAGCUGAAAUUUGUACUUGUUCA